UCCACUUCCCACUCAGACUAUGAACGAAUCCACUUCAAUUCACACCUUCAGCCAGCAAGAGGAAAUAUACAAUUCAUUCCUGUUAUGUGAGCUAGACAGCAGCAGCAGGACACCAACCAUGGUAAAGCAAUUUGGAGUUGUCCUGGGACAUGAAACAAUUACGUAAUGAGUCAUAAUACUGUAAUAACAUUUCACAAACAUUCCUUUGCCAUUGGAUUCCAUAUUUGAUUCUUUAAACUCCUCCCACAUUCCAAAGUCUAUUGCAUUUUCUGUUGCUAUGUACAGAAUCCUCAUUUUCAAAUGUCUAAAUCUCCCAACAUCUCUUUUUCACUCUCUCUCAAUUCAUCCGUCCCCUUCCCUAUUGGGCUUCCUUUUCUAGAAUAAGGUAAAGUUCUACCCUCUUCUUGCACAAAUGAGUAUCUGUCUGUCAUGGCUGGCUGUGAUAUUACUCAAGAUCAUCCCAAAUGUAGCUUCUGGACAGGUACCUCCUCAGGGCUUCAGAUAUGCUUCUUAUGAUGUGACUAUCCCAAGGAAGUUGUCUCCCAAGUAUGGGCAAGAAGAACCCCAGCAUGUGACUUACCUCCUGCAGAUUGAGGGAAAUCCCUAUGUGGUGUACCUCAAGCAAAAGAGGAACUUCAUCCCUAAGGACUUUCCUGUCUUCACCUAUGAUACAGCGGGGGAUCUCCAGGUGGAUCAUCCUUUUAUCAAAGAUGAUUGUUUCUACCAUGGAUUUGUACAGAGAAAGUCCUCUUCUCUGGUCACCCUCAGUACAUGUUCAGGGGGACUGAGAGGUCUCUUGCAAUUUGAAAAUAAGACCUACGAAAUUGAACCAGUCCAGGAAUCUCCUACCUUUCAACAUGUGGUGUUUCAGUUAGAAGAAGAAGAAGGGGCUCCUCUGAUGACUUGUGGGCUAGCAAAGGAAGAGCAAAGCCAUCAAGAGGUCAUAAUUCCAAAAACACAGAAGCUUGCAAGCAAAAGUACUUUUGGAAAAUCCUGGUGGCCACAUACCAGAUAUAUUAAAGUUGCAAUUGUGAUUGAUCAUGAACGAUAUUUGAGGUUUGGCAGAAAUGAAUCUUUUACUACUAUGCGAGUUCUAGAUAUUGUCCACAUUGCAAAUUCAUUCUAUGAAUCUCUUUCUGUUCAUUUGUCAAUAGCAGGACUAGAGAUCUGGUCACAAAACAACCGCAUAAACAUUUCUAACUACAUAAAUGUCACACUUGCAGUGUUUGGUAACUGGAAACACAACAUUCUACAUACAUAUUUAAAGAAUGAUGCUAGUCACUUAUUUGUAUAUAAGAGUUAUGGGGGUGCAACAGGAUAUGGAUAUAUAGGAACUAUAUGUCAUAGAAAGUGGUCAAGUGGUGUUGUAACCUAUGUAUCUUCCAGUUUGUUCUACAUUUCUGUUGUAUUUGCCCAUGAAUUAGGACAUAACCUUGGAAUGAAACAUGAUGGAAAAUUCUGUCAUUGUAAAAAGCGUUCUUGCAUUAUGUCAGCAUAUCCAUCAGGGACUGAUAGAUUUAGUAAUUGCAGUUAUAAGGAUUAUUUCAAGUUUAGAAACACUGGCUGUUUAUUAGUCCCACCAGACAUUAACACAACCUUUAAAUUUGAAUUCUGUGGUAACAAAGUAGUGGAAAAUGGAGAGCAAUGUGACUGUGGGUCAGAAGCACAAUGCAACUCAGAUCCAUGCUGCCAAUCUAAUUGUAAGUUGCGUCCUGGUGCUGUUUGUGCCUUUGGACUGUGCUGUGCUAACUGCCGGUAUCGUAAACUUGGAACUGUUUGCAGAGAGAACACUAGUAGUUGUGAUCUUCCUGAAUAUUGCAGUGGGACUUCGGAGCACUGUCCAGAAGAUGUGCAUGUGCAAGAUGGUGCCCUAUGCAGUCAUGGAGUGCAUUGUUAUCAUGGGAACUGCGUGACUCAUGAUAUGCAGUGCAAAAUGAUGUUCGGUAGCAAAGCAACUGUCGCUUCUAAAGUUUGCUUCAGACUAGUAAAUGCAAAAGGUGAUCGCUUUGGCAACUGUGGCCUUAAACAUGGAAUUUACAAGAAAUGUAAUACUCGGGAUAUCAUGUGUGGCCGUAUCCAGUGUGAAAACGUAGAUAAAUUGCCUUCUUUGGAGGAUCACAAUACAAUAGUUCAUACUUCCACUGGAAAUAAUCAGUGCUGGGGAACUGACUACCAUAGUGGAAUGAAGGUAAAUGAUAUGGGAGCAGUGAGAGAUGGCACUUCUUGUGGCAACAGCAUGCUGUGUAUUGAGGGGAGUUGUGUCAAUGUGUCUCUUCUGAAAUAUGACUGUAAUGUCUCAAUGUGCCGGAAUCGGGGAGUAUGCAACACUCUCAAACACUGUCACUGUGAUUAUGGAUGGGCCCCUCCAGACUGUACAAAUAGAGGCUAUGGAGGCAGCAUAGACAGUGGACCGCCUCCAAUUAUGAUACAGACUAGAAGUAAUAAGAAAACCUCAGCAAUAGCAGGAGUACUGUGCGCCUUUUGUUUUGUACUUGUUUGUGCUGGCCUGGCUGUCUAUUUCAAAGAUGGUCUGACAAACCUCUUUGGAAAAUUCCAGGGAAGAGUCCACGCUACAGAAUCAAAAGAUGAAGGAACACCACUGUAAAUCACAAUUUCUAACAAUGCACAACCCAUCAAAUAUAAACACAGGAAUUAACAGUCAGUUUUAAAAACAAAGGCAUUUGAAAGUACAAUGUUUUAAAGAUGUCUCCCAGGCACAUUUCUUUUUGAAAGGUUUG